AUGCAGUGGUUGGCUGUCUGUUGUCUGUUUGUGCUGCUGAGUGUGUCAGCCCGGUCUCAGAAUCAGAUCUGUACCAUCUUCACAGAGGCCAAGAAAGAUGGAUUCAAAGCUAUGUGAGUAAAGCUAUGUGACUAAAGCUAUGUGAGUAAAGAUAUGUGACUAAAGCUAUGUGACUAAAGCUAUGUGAGUAAAGAUAUGUGACUAAAGCUAUGUGACUAAAGCUAUGUGAGAAAAGCUAUGUGACUAAAGCUAUGUGACUAAAGCUAUGUGACUAAAGCUAUGUGACUAAAGCUAUGUGACUAAAGCUACAGUGCCUUGCAAAAGUAUUCAUCCCUCUUGGCGUUUUUCCUAUUUUGUUGCAUUAGAACCUGUCAUUUAAAUUGAUUUUUAUUUGGAUUUCAUGUAAUGGACAUACACAAAAUAGUCCAAAUUGGUGAAGUGAAAUGAAAAAAAUUACUUGUUUCAAACAAUUCAAAAAAAUAAAUAUCGGAAAAAUGGUGCGUGCAUAUUUAUUCACCCCCUUUGCUAUGAAGCCCGUAAAUAAGAUCUAAUGCAACCAAUUACCUUCAGAAGUCACAUAAUUAGUUAAAUAAAGUCCACCUGUGUGCAAUCUAAGUGUCACACGAUCUCAGUAUAUAUACACCUGUUCUGAAAGGCCCCAGAGUCUGCAACACCACCAAGCAAGCAGCACCAUGAAGACCAAGGAGCUCUCCAAACAGGUCAGGGACAAAGUUGUGGAGAAGUACAGAUCAGGGUUGGGUUAUAAAAAAAUAUCAGAAACUUUGAACAUCCCACGGAGCACCAUUAAAUCCAUUAUUUUAAAAAUGGAAAGAACAUGGCACCACAACAAACCUGCCAAGAGAGGGCUGCCUACUAAAACUCACGGACCAGGCAACAAGGGCAUUAAUCAGAGAGGCAACAAAGAGACCAAAGAUAACCCUGAAGGAGCUGCAAAGCUUUUAUCUGUCUAUAGGACCACUUUAAGCCGUACACUCCACAGAGCUGGGCUUUACGGAAGAGUGGACAGAAAAAAGCCAUUGCAGUUUUUUAAAUCUUAUUUCUUGUUUGUUUCACAAUAAAAAAUAUUUGCAUCUUCAAAGUGGUAGGCAUGUUGUGUAAAUGAAAUGAUACAAACCCCCAAAAAAAUCCACUUUAAUUCCAGGUUGUAAGGCAACAAAAUAGGAAAAAUGCCAAGGGGAUGAAUACUUUCGCAACCAAUGAGGUGAAUACAGCUUGUGAGUUAAAGGGUGUGAGUAAAGAGCUUGUGAGUUAAGACUUUGUGAGUAACGCUUUGUGAGUAAAGCUUUGUGAGUAAAGCUUUGUGAGUAAAGCUUUGUGAGUAUAAAGAUGUAAAAAGCUUUUGUUUCAUCAAUGCCUUUAUAUGGUUCACUUUGUUUUCAAACUCACCUGAGUGCCUGGACCUUGGAUUCUUUAACCACUUAAUACUUUUACAUGGAUUGGAUUUGUCCUGUUUUGCUUAUCUGGAAUUUCUCUGCAAUGGCUGAUUUUAAAAUGGACUGGAUUCUAACCCCAGCGCAGUGUAAAUAUUUUGGUGAAGUGUCGUAAUCUUACUGUGUGUGUAUGUUUGUGUGUAUGUGCAUGCAUGCUUGUGUGUUUGCCUGUCUGUCUGGGAUAUUUGGUUUCACCUUUGACCUUUUUAAAACAUGUUGGCUGGAGUUUUACUGUUAUCUAUUGUCAGGGAAGGAGAGUUGUGACAUAGGUUGAGUGUGUGUGUGUGUGUGUGUGUAGGGCUCUGGUAGGGCUGGCUCAGAACCUUCCAGAUAGUUUGUUGGAUGACGUGGUGCCCCUGGUCGCGGAAGCCUUCGCCAUGGGCAUCCAAUGCUGCUCAGACGAACCCCUAGAAGACUGCAACAGAGACGUGGUGAGAGACACCUACCACACCUCCUCGUCUCUAACUGACACAUGCCAAUCACAUUGAUGUGCCCAGCCCAGCCAGAGACGUAGGGGACAGGUAUAGGGGGUAGGGAGGGGAGGGGCCAGCCUGGCCAGGGGGAGGGUCCAUCGGUAGGAGGUAGGGAGGGGAGGGGAGGGUUGGUAUGUAAUUGGGCAUUAGUGACUGAUAUUUUUAGUCAGGGUUCAGAUGUUUAACAUUUUUGUUUUAACCCUUAAUUGGCACACCUGAUUCAAUUAGUCAAAGGCUUGAUGAUUAGUUCAAAUCAAGCUUUAUUUAUACAACACAUUUCAGACAUGGAAUGCAACGCAAUGCUCUUCACAGGAAAAAAACUAAUUAAAUUAAAUUAAAAGCUGAAAUAUUUACUACACAACAAACAUUAGAUAAAAAACAAAAGAAGAACAAAAAUUGAAUGACUAAAAAGCACCCUGAGGAAAAGCAAAGCUAAAAAUAUGUGUUUUAAGAUCUCUUUUAAAUAUGUCCACAGUUUUGGCCCCCCUCAGGGUCUCUUGCAGGCUAUUCCAGAGGUUUGGGGCAUAGUAACUAAAGGCUGCCUCUCCAUGUCUCUUGGUCCUAGGCUUUGGGAUAGAUAAAAGGCCAGUGCCAGAGGACCUGAGGGACCUACUGGGUACAUAACUUAAAAGCAUGUCUGACAUGUAUUGUGGUGCACAAUCGUGGAUUGAUUUAAAAAACCAAUAGAAGAAUCUUAAAAUGAAUUCUAAAACUCACAGGCAGCCCAGUGCAAAGACCUUAAAACCAGUGUAAUGUGUGCUUUCCGUGUGGUCUCGGUCAGUACCCGUGCUGCAGCAUUCUGUAUGUUUUGCAGUUGACCAAUGGCUUUCUUAGGUAGACCAGACAGGAGAGCAUUACAGUAGUCAAGCCUGCUUGUAAUGAAAGCAUGGAUGAGUCUCUCUGUAUCAGCCUGAGAGAGAAACGGCCGCACCUUGGCAAUGUUCCUCAGGUGGUAAAAAGCUAUUUUGGUCACAUUCCUGAUGUGUGAUUCGAAAUUGAGUUCAGAAUAUAAAAUAACACAUUGGUUUUUUUACCUGGUGUUUUAUCAUUAUUGCCCGUGAAUUAAAAUGUGCGGCCAGAUUCUCUCUCUGGGCUUUGGCUCCAAUAAGUACCUCAGUCUUGUCUUGAUUUAGCUGGAGGAGGUUAUUAGCCAUCCAAGUAUUUAAAUCACUAAUACAGUUUAAUAAUUUAUCAGUGGAGCUAAACUCCUCUGGUGACACAGAAAUGUAAAGUUGUGUAUCGCCUGCGUAGCCGUGAAAAUCAAUGCUGUGCUUUCUGAUAACGCUGCCAAGGGGUAACAUACACUAUAUAUACAAAAGUAUGUGGACACCCCUUGAAAUUAGUGGAUUCAGCUAUUUCAGCCACACCCGUUGCUGACAGGUGUAUAAAAUCGAGCAAUCUCCUGGGAAGCCUUAAGUCGUGAGAUCACUUUCCUGAGCAUGGCUGUGUCAUCAGGACUUGCUUGACUGAUACCCAGCCUAAUGUUGGUUAUCUUAUCUCUGAAAUAUGCCGCAAACUCAUCACAUUUAGAUGUGGAGGAAAGUUCACAUAGGUUUGAGAGGGUAGGAAUUCUCAGGCCAUCAAUGGUCGAGAAGAGCACUCUCGAAUUAUUCUGAUUUAAAUAGUGAUCAAGUUAGAAAAAAUGUGACAGUUUCUUAAUAAUGCGUUCAGUAUUACCCUGUGUUGCUAUGGGCAACGAGGUAGUAAAAAAUACACAGUGGUGAUCAGAUAAAGCAACAUCAACAAUAGAGGAUAUGUCAAUAGAAAGCCUUGUAAUAACCAGGUCCAGAGUGUGGCUGUGGUUAUUGGUGAGCACAGUAACAUGUUGGAUAAAGUCCAUAGAGCUCAAAAGAUUCAUAAAUUCAAUGGCCUCCAAGUCAGUCUCUUUGUCAACAUGAAUAUUAAAGUCGCCCAACACAAUGAUUUUAUCAUAGUUCUCAAGGACAAUAGACAAUAGUAGAGAUAAAUCAGUAAAGAAAGUGGGGCAGUGCUUUGGUUGCCUAUACAGGGUUAUGACCAGCACUGGUGGCUGACAUUUAAACAGUAUAGCAUGAUGCUCAAAAGACCCAAAGUCACCAAACGAAAUAUCCUUUCAGCUGAGAGCAUUAGUAAAUUAAAUCAGGUGUGCCAAUUUUAGGGUUAAAACUAAAAUGUAAAACACCUGUGGGGGCAGAGGAGCGGGUUGGGAAACCCUGGUUUAAAGGCCCAGUGCAGUCAAAAAACAUGAUUUUCCUGUGUUUUAUAUAUAUUUCCACACCAUGAGGUUGGAAUAAUACUGUGAAAUUGUGAACAUUAUGAUAAUGCCCUUUUAGUUUAAGAGCUGUUUGAAAAGACCGCCUGAAAUUUCAUCCUGUUUUGGUGGGAUGGAGUUUUGGCCUGCCUAGUGACAUCACCAGGCAGUAAAUUAGUUAAUAGACCAAUAAGAAAGAGAGUUCCAAACGUCUCUGCCAAUUUUUUAUUUUUUUAUUUUUUAUUUUGUUUAACCUUUAUUUAACCAGGAAGGGCUCAUUGAGAUUUAAAAUCUCUUUUUCAAGAGCGUCCUGGCCAAGAUAGGCAGCACCAAGUCAUUACAAAAAAUUACAGACAGACAACAUGAAAAACUACAAGUAAUCUAGUAAAAACCAUUCAUGAAUUCACAAGAGUAUAACAAUAUCAAAAACAGCAAAUUAAAAACAUUGACAGGUCAGGGAAUCAGCCUCAAAAUCCUUCAUCAGAGAUUUAAAAACACAAAUCGGGACAAAUAACAGAUCGUUUUCAGUUUUCCCCUCCCCACUCAGACCACACCCAGACAAUCCUACCAAAAUUCUUGCUUGAGAAAUUGCACUUUGCUAAGAAGCUAUUUUUGUUUUAUUUUUUGACCAUUUUAAUUGAAAACAAUCACAGUAAGGUACUUAAUUGUUACCCAGAAAUGAUUUGAUAUUGAGAUAAAAACGGCUGGACCUUUAAUAAAUUAAUCCCAUAUCUAUCUCUAUGGUUUUAUUUUAAUGUUCUGUACAGAUACAACAGUACCCUCUGCUGGCUAAAAGGUGUACUUCUAUGUGUGUACAGGCAGACCUGUUUCAGAGUGCAGUGUGUU